AUGGCCCCAUGCAAGCUUUUUCUUCGUGGUCACUGUAGAUUUGGUGACCGCUGCAAAUACUCCCAUAAUGAAGAAACAAACACUCAGCCUCGUUUGAAGCGUGGAGAACGACCUUGUUUCGCGUGGAGGGAUGGCGACUGUCCCAAAGGUGAUAAAUGUUUCUUCGCCCAUGACCCACAAAUCAGGGAAGAACGACUCCGUCAAGAACAAGCGCGUCAAGAAGCGGACCGUCGAGCCGAACAAGCUAGACAAAGGCUUGAAGCUGAACGGGAGGCCGCCCAAAGAGCACGUGAAGUGCGACAACAAAUACAGCGACGGGAAACUGCCCGACAAGAAGCUGCCCACACCAUCCAGAGAAUCGUUCUUGGUUCUUCCCUCGUUACCUAUGCUGCCGGAAUCGCCAUUCACGACAUUAUUUGUGGCUCAGAGAGCUGCCGCAUCCGCAUCAGGCAGCUUCCGCUCGAUGCGAGGUCGGAUGAAAUCCUUGCUCUUUUCACUCAACAAGGCAUUGAUCGCAAACGGUUGUUUAUCGUUGGUCAGAAACCGGUGGAUGGUCAUCUGGAGGCAACACUCGUCACAACUGCUGAAGAGGGAGGCGCUGUUGCCAUUGGGCUGGAAGGCAUCGACUUCAGGCAGGAGCAUCUUCAAUUUGACGUCUCCGAAACCGCAAAUGGAAUGGGUAUUUCCGCAACAAAGGACUCCGACACGUUGACCGUUGCGUGCUGGGCCCCUUCUAAUGCCGUCAUCGCCACGUUUCCGUCACAAGAGAUCGCUCGAGCCAAAGUCCACUCCCUCAAUCGUCAGGUUUGCGGGGGCAGGCGUGUCAAAGUUGAAAUGAACCAGUUGACCCCAGGCUACCGCGGAUCCAUGUUUGGAGAUGUGCAAUGUUCCAUCAAGAUCACUGGUCUUCCUCUCGUCCUCUCCCAUGAGACCCUUGUCCAAUUUGUGGGGUCUGAUCAACUGCGUUAUCUUAAGCCCAUUUCUUACGACCCAGUCCAUGGCUUUGGUCUGCUUCAACAACAUAUUCGCACAGUUGCUGCUCGUGACCUGAUCUCGAUGGAUGCAACACAACUAGAAGGCGAUGUCGACGGCAACAUCAUUGUCAAAUUCCGCUUCAGCUCCUGGGAGGCUGCUAAACGAGUUGACGAAGAAUUGUCAGGCAAAAAGUUCACAUACUUGGGUAACCGUAUUCUGCGAACUCGUCUGCCGACCCCACACCAAUAUAUUCUCUCCAUUACGACUCAGCAAUACAACGCUCAACGGCAUCAAUGGGACGCGCUCGCUGGUUCUGAUGUCUCCAGCAAGCAAGCUGCUUCUGUCGUUAUUCAGAAUGGUGUCCGCGUCCGAAUUCGAGUCGUUGGAGGGGACAAACAGGCCGUUGGUUCCCUGAAGGUCCGCGUCGAGAGUCUUGCAGGUGGUGAGGCGCUACCAAGGGAACUAUGGCACCGUUCAUUGAGGUGGGGUUCUGGCACACAAUUCCUCAAUUCAGUAUUUCGGGCCACAGGCGCUUAUGCUCGGGCGGAUUGGAAAGCAUGUGUGGUGAAAGUGUUUGGUGAAACUGCGGCUAGAGAAAGGGCACGAGAAAUGGUCAAGGCUGAAAUUGACCGCCUCAACGCAUCAGAGUGCUCCAUCUUGCUCAAGCAGAAGUCGAUCCGGUUCUUUGUUGACCGCGGCCUUGCAGCGUUGAAGGAGGCUUUGGGAGAAGAUAAUGCAACACUGGUCAUUGUUGGCGGUGCCAAAAUCGUUGUACGAGGUGGAGAUAACGCGCGCCAAAUCGUUGACCGACUGAUUGCCGAAUCAUUAGAGGAGACCACUACACGCAAUGUCGACGGUGUCCUCUGCCCCAUCUGUUACGACGAAAUAUCCCAUCCAGUUUCCCUAGGUUGCGAUCACACCUACUGCAUGAACUGUCUGAGCCACUACAUUUCCUCUGCUGCGGACACUUUCCCUCUUACUUGCCUUGCCAACGAUGCGACCUGCAACACCCCGAUUCCGCUUCCCACCAUCGAACGAUUCCUUUCACCUGCUCUACUCCAGCAACUUUUCGAAACGGCGUAUAUUCGCUACAUCGAGCAACACCCGAACGAGUUCAAAUAUUGCAAGACACCGGACUGUACCCAGGUCUAUCGUCGACAAACCACCCCAGCGACAGUCACCUGCCCCUCCUGCUUCUUGAAGGUCUGUCGGGCAUGCGAUGAAGAAGGACAUGAGGGGAUGAGCUGUGACGAAUGGAAAUUGCAAGGCGACCCAGGCGAGCAAGAGCGACGGAAUCAGGAGUGGGCGGCUGAGAACGGCGUCAAGCGGUGUCCUGUGUGCUCCGUUUGGAUCGAGAAGACCGAGGGCUGCAAUCACAUGACUUGCAAAUGUGGUGCCCACCUGUGCUGGCUCUGUGUUCGCCAAUUCCCUGAAGGAGAAAUCUACAACCAUCUCAACAGUGCACAUGGCGGCGCUUUUGAUGUUCCGGCAGCUCUGCGACCCCAACCCCAGCUUGCUGCAAUACCUCGCCCUGUCGAAAACCAAAGGGAAAUGGUGGAGCAACGGGCCCGGGAGGCGGCCAGAGCUGCCAACCGGUUGCCCCAGAACAACCCGGGCCCGUUUGCCCGCGCAGCUCCAAGAGUUCAAUAUCCAUACGGCUACGGGCCAGUCGACCCCGCAGUCGCAGCCCGACAACAUGCGAGACUGCGGGAAGACCAAGCUGAGCGGGAAGCUGCACAACUUGAACAAGAAGAGCGUCAAAGACGGAUUGCAAUGCAAGAACGGAUUGCAAUACAAGAACGGUGGCAUCAACAGAUUGAGGAACAGCGACGACGACGACAGCAGGCCAUGGCUGAGGAAGCUGCGAGACGAGAACAGAACAGAAACUGGUGUAUAGUCAUGUGA